UCACAAGCAAUGUGAUACAUGUAGGAGGCUGUUAUCGAUAUUACAAGAGGUAUCGGUAUACCGGUAUAAUAUUGUUUGUGUUCGCGGACAGCGUUUACUGUGUCAUUACCACCGCGCCGGCCGGUCGUGUUUAUCGACAGCAAGUUUUAUACUUAAUAUAACCUUUAAGCAAAUUCAUUAUACAAAAUGUCGUCAUUUUCGUUGGACAAUCCUGUAUUCCGGGCAUACAUUGUGUAUUCGGCAAUAUUGGCGGUCAAAGUGUUGGCAAUGACUUUGUUGACGGCUAUGACCCGAGUGAUCCGCGGUACAUUUGCAAACCCUGAAGAUACGAAGAUGUUCAAGGGCGCCAAGGUCAGGUACGACGACCCCGCUGUGGAGAGAGUACGUCGCGCGCACCUCAACGACUUGGAGAACAUUCCCGUGUUCUGGGUGGUGGCGGCGCUGUACGUGUCGACCAAUCCCGUGGCUGCGUGGGCCACGCUGCUGUUCCGCGCGUUCACGUUGGGCCGCAUCCUGCACAGCAUCGUGUACGCAGUCGUGCCGCUGCCGCAGCCAGCUCGCGCCAUCGCCUUCGGUAUCCCCUUUUUAACUACGGCUUAUAUGGGUGCUCAAGUUAUACUGUAUUACAUUACAGCUUUGUAAUUGAAGAAAUUGUUGCGAUGCUACUUUAAUUACUUUUUAAGUUUUUGUUUUUAAAAUAAAUUUCUGAUUGAUUA